AUGAUGGUUUUUCUUUUCAGAAAAUUAACUGAAUUUAUUCGUGAUCGUUUUAUUGGUCGUGUUAUAAAAGAUAUCCGUGAAUCAGCUCAAUUAUCAUCAUCAUCAUCAACAACAAUAACUGAUCGAAAUCGUCUAAUUGAAUUAAUUCCAUCUGUAUUACAAAAACAACUUGAAUUAUCAAUACCAAUUCUUCAAUCAACUUAUUUAAUAUUUAAAUCUUGUGAAGAACUAUGUGUAUUAGUUAAAUGUCUUCCAAUAUAUGCAGAUGAUUUUUGUCAAGCUAUUGUUGAUCUUUUAUUUAAACAUCGUGAAUCAUGUAAUAAAUUAUUUUUAUCAAUUGUCGAAAAAAAUGAUUCAUUUGGAACAUCAAUUUAUUCAAAUGAAUGGGUUAAAGAUCCAGAUAUAAAUCGUCAUUUACGUACAAUGCCUGCAUUUGAUGCAUUUAUACGUAUGAAUAAACAAGAACAUUUAAUACAUAAUGAUAAUAAUGAUGAUAAUGCUGAAAAUAUACGUUUUAGACAAACAAAAGAAACUGAAACUUUAUUGAUUAAUUUUAGUCAAAGUGAGAUGAAUAUUGAUGAUAUUUGCUCGAAUUAUAAACAUAUUAAAGCAUUAGCAACUAUUCAUGAAAGUUUAGAUUGGUUAUAUUGUAAAUUGGUACAUUAUUUUGAUAUAUUGGAUAAAUCUUUAAAUGAUACAAAAUAUCUUGAUACAUUAACACAAACAAUAGUCGCACUUGGUUUUACUUCACGUUCAAUGAAACAAAAUUCAUCUCACUAUGAUCAAUUAAAAUUAUCUCACAUAAAUUUAGAAAUAUUUUCUAAUGCAAUGAAAACAAUAUUAACAUUAUCUUAUGAUAUAUUACUUGUUUUAUUUCUUGAAAUUCGUUUACAUUGUUUUUAUUAUUUAUCAUUAUUUUUUCGUAAUACUUUAAAUUAUGCAUAUGCUAUGGAUACAGAUCCAGAUGAAAAUAUAAUGGCAUUAAAUCGUGAUUUAUCACGUUUACAAGAAACAUUAAAUUCUUCAUUAAAUGAAAAGAAAUUUUCAUUUUUAUUUCAAGGUCUUGGCUUUGUUUUAGCAACAAUAUUAAUACGUUCAUCACCACGUUUUAGUCAUAUAAGUGAAUUAGGUAUAACGAAAAUGUGUCGAAAUAUAUUUGCUAUUGAACAAACAUUAACACAAAUUCGAACAGUUGGUGAUGCUGAAUUAAUGCGUGCACAUCAAUAUUAUGAGUUAUUAUAUGCAAUAAAACCAGAAGAUAUUCUUAAUGUAAUUGAAGAACAUGGACAAGAAUUUAGUGAACAAGAUUAUUUACAUCUAUUACAAUUGCAAUAUCGAAGUCUGCCAGCUAAUGAGAGAGAACAUUGUGAUUUGAGUAAAUACGAACAAUUAGUAAAAAUAGCAUUUAACCCACAAAUAAUGUCAGCUACGACAGGUGAAUCAUCGCUUAAUUUAGGAAAAGAUAUCGAACGAGCAAUUGUUUUAAUUGAUCGUCUUCGUACAACAAGUGAAAUUCCUGAAGCAAAAUUAUCUGAAUUACAACGGAUAUUACAAAGCGAUUUUUUUCAUGCUGUACUUGAAGUUUAUGAAAAAAUUUAUGAAACAGUACAAAUAACUGGUUCACCUGAAGUUCGAGCUAAUGCUACUGCUAAAGCAACCGUUGCUGCUUUUGCUGCUAGCGAAGGUCAUUCUCAUCCACGUGUUAUUGAAUUACCAAAAACUGCUGAAGGUCUUGGAUUUAAUGUUAUGGGUGGUCGAGAACAAAAUUCUCCUAUUUAUAUAUCACGCAUUAUUCCAAAUGGUGUUGCUUGGAAACAUGGUGGAUUAAAAAAAGGUGAUCAAUUAUUAUCAGUUAAUGGUGUAUCUGUUGAAAAUGAAUAUCAUGAAAAAGCUGUAGAUUUACUUAAACAAGCUCAAGGUACUGUGAAAUUAGUUGUACGAUAUUCGCCACAAGUUUUAAUUGAAAUGGAAAAUCGUUUUGAACAACAACGUGCACCAAGAAAACCAGCAAAUUCACCAAUAAAUAAAUAA